AUGAAGUUUACUCUCGCUACUGCCAUUGCGGUGGCCGCAUCUGCCGUAUCCGCCAUCUCGCCCCGCGCAGUCACAGACACUGAGAUGGGAUGGGGGAAAGCUCUCGCUGGAGACUCGAAAGCCUGCGCUGAUUUGGGUGUCAUCUUUGCUCGUGGAACCUUCGAUCCUGGAAAUAUCGGUCCUUGGGUCGGUGCCCCUUUCCGCGAUGCCCUAGCGGCCAAGACCAAGAGCGUUUCCUUCCAGGGCGUGGACCCCGGCGCGUAUCCUGCUGAUCUUGCUGGCUACGUCGUCGAGGGAGGUAGUGAGAAGUGCGCCUUGUCCAUGGGUGUUGUCAUCGAUGCCUAUGUCAAGGCCUGCCCCAAGGCCAAGAUUGCUGUAACUGGCUGGAGCCAAGGAUCGCUGUGCGCCCGUAAGAGCUUCGGCGUCAUGAGCCCUGCGUCUGCCGCCAAGGUCAUUGCCUACGUUUCCUUCGGUGAUCCGUAUCCCGCUUCAAAGCAGCUCAGCACCCUAGCGAGCGACAUCAAGAACAGCCACCUGCAGCGAUGGAUGCUGUCGCCCCAGCACUUCUGGUACGGCUUGGAUGGAUCUACCACCAAGGCUGCUGAGCAAGUCGUUGCUGCCCUGAACGGCAGCAAGAAGAAAUAG